AUGUCUGCUCCAGUUAUCCCAAAGACCCAAAAGGCCGUCAUCUUCGAAACCAACGGUGGUAAAUUAGAAUACAAAGAUAUUCCAGUUCCAACCCCAAAGUCUAACGAAAUUUUGAUUAACGUUAAGUAUUCCGGUGUCUGUCACACCGAUUUGCACGCCUGGAAGGGUGACUGGCCAUUGCCAACUAAGUUGCCUUUAGUCGGUGGUCACGAAGGUGCUGGUGUUGUUGUUGCCAUGGGUGAUGCCGUUAAGGGCUGGAAGAUUGGUGACUACGCCGGUAUUAAGUGGUUGAACGGUUCUUGUAUGUCCUGUGAAUACUGUGAAUUAGGUAACGAAUCUAACUGUCCUCACGCUGAUUUGUCCGGUUACACUCACGAUGGUUCUUUCCAACAAUACGCCACUGCUGAUGCCGUUCAAGCUGCUAGAAUCGCUCCAGGUUCCGACUUGGCUGAAGUUGCUCCAGUCUUGUGUGCCGGUAUCACUGUCUACAAGGCUUUGAAGUCCGCUAACUUGAGAGCCGGUGAAUGGGUUGCCAUUUCCGGUGCUUGUGGUGGUCUAGGUUCUCUAGCUAUCCAAUUCGCUAAGGCUAUGGGUUACAGAGUCGUCGGUAUUGACGGUGGUGACGAAAAGGCUAAGAUGUUCAAGGACUUAGGUGGUGAAGUUUUCAUUGAUUUCACUAAGACAAAGGACAUUGUCGGUGACAUUAUCAAGGCUACCAACGGUGGUGCUCACGGUGUUAUCAACGUCUCCGUCUCUGAACAAGCUAUUGACGCUUCCGUUAAGUACUGUAGAGCUAACGGUACCGCUGUCUUAGUCGGUAUGCCAGGUGGUGCUCAAGUUAAGUCUGAUGUCUUCAACCAAGUCGUCAAGUCUAUCUCUAUUGUCGGUUCUUACGUCGGUAACAGAGCUGACACCAGAGAAGCUUUGGACUUCUUCUCCAGAGGUUUAGUCAAGUCUCCAAUUCACAUUGCCAAGUUGUCUGACGUUCCAGAAAUUUUCGAAAAGAUGGAAAAGGGUCAAAUUGUCGGUAGAUACGUUGUUGACUGUUCCAAAUAG